AUGGAACAUGAAGCCAAGCAAAAGAAGGAGGGAACUAAAAUAGUAUCUACAAAGGAAGCAAAAAGUGGUCCGAGCGUUCUGCAAAUAGGAAUAAUAAUAUUAAUAACAGUUGGAUGCUGUGCUGGUUUGGCGUGGUUGAUAGUGAAGUUCGGAAGCGCACGAGGUCGUAUUAAGUUAGCGCGGUUCCGAGGUCAUGGCUGUGAUCCUGAAGUUCGAUACCUUUCAACUGGUGUUGUCAAUGAUUAA